UGUGGUCUGGUAUCGAAUGAGGAUACGGAGACAUUUGUUUGGCUCUUUCGAACCUGGCUGCAAUGCAUGCAUGGACAAGCUCCGCAUGGGAUAGUUACGUAUCAGGAUAGGGCUAUGCAAAAUGCAAUACAAAUUGUGUUUCCUAAUACAAAGCAUAGAUAGUGUUUGUGGCACAUAUUGAAGAAGUUGCCUGAGAAAUUCGGAUACCAUGUGGAUAAAGGGUCUAUAUUCAGUACUAUACACAAUUUGGUCUAUGAUUGUCAGUUUGUAGAAGAAUUUGAAAAUGCCUGGAGAGUGAUGGUGGAAAGGUUUCACUUGUAUGAUAAUGAGUGGUUGGCGGGUUUGUACGAGAACAGAGAACGUUGGGUACCUUGCUAUCUAAAAACCACAUUUUGGGCAGGGAUGUCAACUACUCAACGCAGUGAGAGUAUGCAUGCAUUCUUCGACGGUUAUAUGCAUUCAAAGACGACAUUAAAGCAAUUUGUUGAAAAAUAUGAACAAGCAUUGAGAAAUAAGGUUGAGAAGGAGUUUCAAGCAGACUUCAAGUCCUUCUCGCAAAUGGUACCGUGCGCAUUGAGAUAUGAAAUUGAGAAGCAAUUUCAAGCAGUUUACACAAUUUCAAAAUUUAAGGAAGUUCAAGAGGAGUUCACAGGUAAAAUGUACUGCGACGUUGUUUCUGUCUCCGAGGGAUUAUCGGGGGCAACGUACGAGGUACGGGAGGAUGUAAUACAUGAUGAGCAUUCGAAGAAAAAAAGCUUUUUCGUCUCAGUUGAAAGAGGCAAAUGUGAAAUCACUUGUAGUUGCCACAAUUUUGAGUUUCGAGGGAUUAUUUGCAGACAUAUGAUCGUAGUAUUGGCCCAUAAUGACGUGAAAUCUAUACCCGAAAGAUAUAUACUACGGAGAUGGCGACGAGAUGUCAGUAGGGCCCACACAAGGGUACCAGUGAACUAUGAUGUUUGAUUAGUAUGCCAGGGCAAUUAAAGUACGACAAGAUGUGUCAACGCUUUGCGACAUUGGCAGAUCUGACAGUAGAAGAUGACGCGAAAUCUGAUGCAAUAAUUGAUUGGAUUGACAGCCAAUGUGAAGAGUUGAUGUCAACAAAUCCUGGUAAUAGUAACAUCCUCUCCCCACAGACGACACAGACAUCAUUCCACUGUGAAGCACCACUGGAUACUGGAAGUGGUGACAUAAGGGAUCCAGAAUGUGUGAAAAGAAAAGGUACCCCAAAGAAACUUCGGAAGAAGAGCCCAUUAGAAACCAUGUCGAGAAAAUUCAAGGCAAGUACGGGUUCUAGCAAAGGGAAGAAAAAAAAGGUUCCUAGCAAUGAUAUGGGAAUGGUUGUAGCGCCCAUCCUCCAGUUACCUCAUUAACAACACAUGCCGCUACCCUUCUCCUAUACAAACCUUCUUUU